UGUGUUAUUGUUACUGUGACACAGCAUGUCCCUUUUUCCGUGAUUGCUGCACAAACACAAGCGAGUCUAAUACUGGAAGCAUUGAUGUCGAUGCCCAAAACAUUUUGCCAUGCAGAAGCAUCAGUCAAACUAGCUGUAAAUUUGUAAAUACGUGUUACAGGGAGUGGGAAGAUGACGCAAUUAAAGAAAGGUGCGAAAAUGUCGACGAAGACGUUACUUUAACGAAUGUAAACUUGCUGCCAGUUGUUGGGUAUUCGUUGGCAAUGCCUCUGAUGUAUAGGAACAAGUUCUGUGCCCAUUGUAACUAUAACAACGAGUAUGUUAUGGUACUUCCGGGACUGCUGCCGAGAAGCUGUAACGUGUUUACAAUACUUGACAAAUUACCCGUCACCAAAGAAGACAUAGGUUCAGCCCUGACCUAUCUGACUGACGAGUUGAGGUGUGACCUGGUCCUGGAAGCUUCCGUCUGGUUUAAACACUGUCGUAGGUGUGACUGUAUCAACCUUUGGAGUGCGACAAAUAGUGGCUUUAUCGAAGUUACAUAUACCAUGGACAAACUCUAUGAAUGCCGUGUCAAUGGUAACCUGGCUGCUGAUGUUUCUGACGGUGUUUGCAAUAUUGGAGAACGAUACAUCGAUGAUUAUUGUGUGCGAGUAUUCCUUAUCAUCAAACCUACCCAGGCAUGGAGAUUUCUAUACUCAGUUAUUGGCCAGGAGGUAAAAUCAUUGGAGACCGCAGAAAGAUUUGUAGAGGCCGCCAAACGUUCUGUGUCCAUGCAGUUAGGGAUGGGACCAGACUGGCUACUGUACUGGAAUGUGAGGGAGAUUCCGGGGGUACGAAACACGUCUUCUCAAGCAUGUAUUGUCAUACAACUCGAUGUCGUCACGGAAAACAUGAUUGGGGACCCGGAUGACAUGUUUUUGUCAAGAAACAUGUACGAAUUAUGUGAGGAGUGUCAACAGUUGGGUACAUUUGUACCCGAAAGCCUGUUUUUAUUUGAUGAAGUUGCCUGUCACAUUCCCCGGUGCACCUUUCCUAGAUUUGGCCUGUUGGCAGGUGAUCAAACUGAACAGCACACUACGGAAAAUACAUCUACAACAGACACAACAAACCCCGUGACACUCACCCCGGAAAACAUGUCGAAUGGGGCACCAAAGCGUGACAAGAUCGGAUCUGGGGGGACAUGUUGGACAUCCUGGUCAUCCUCAUUCUCCCUAAUAUUAACAUUGUUAAUACCUCUGAUUGUCCCUCCACUUUCAUAACACUGUCGCGAAGAUUCAGUGGUUGGGUCUGAAUUUGUUUUAAUGACAAAAUACGAAUAGAAAUAUAUGUCGACUGUCAUACAUAACCCAAGCUAUGUAGAUGUAUAAAAC